GAAAAAGUAUGCAAGGACAGCCACAUUUCAGAAUUACAACACUUCAGAAAUAAAACACCUGCAAGAAUCAAAGGAAAAUUCUACUGGCCCAAUAUGAAUAAGGAGAUAAAAGAUAUGAUAAGUAAUUGCGAGACUUUCCAACGUGAAAAAUUAACGAGGAUUAGAUUCAGAGAACCAGCUUCUAUCACUUACACACCUAAAGAUCCAAAUAACAAAAUAACUAUGGACAUAUACGGACCAUUACAAAUGACCAGCAAAGGUAAUCAAUACAUAUUAUAAAUAAAAGGUGUCUUAAUCAAUUAUUUUAUCGUUGUACCGGUUUCCAAUCAAUAAGCACAAACAAUAAUAGAGAAAUUGAUGGAUCAUUAUAUUUAAGUAAUUUCAAUACCCAAGACGAUACAAACUUAUCAGGGCACGAAUUUUGUAUCACAAUUAAUGGAAAUU